AGCUGUGACUAAGUGGAGAGGGAGAACCCAACAUGAGCAAUAGAGCAGAAAACUGGGGAAAGGAGAACAGGAGCAAGGAAGCACUAGAGUGAGGUACCAGGACCAAGAUCAGAAUUGGAGCCACGGACCAGUUGCAACCCCUGCCAACAUGUCAGAGUCAAUCAAGAGGAGAAACUCGAGUAAGCAGCUACUGCAAAACCUCAUCAGGGUGACAGCGCAGCGAAGCCAGGAGGAUGCAGAGGAGAUUGAACGAGAGCGAAGAAGGAAAGCCAGGGAGAAGCAGAGAGAAGAAGGGAUCCUCUGUUUCCCAGAGCCCCAGCAACAUGAAAAUAUUACUCACAACACAGAGUCUGAUGAGGAGCUGAAACCCUCCUAUUUCGUCCUGGAGGAGGACGAAGGUUUCAGCGACUGGAGCCAGAGGUUGGAAAACCGUAAUGAGCAGGAUGCGCUAGAUAACUUCAGGACGAAGGAAGUGAAACCCACUGCAGCAUCAGUUCCUGGGGACUAUAAGCAUGAACAUGAUGAAGAGGAGGGCAAAGGGGAGCAUGGAGGAAGGGAAACUGAGGAAGCUUCAACACAACGUUCAGAAACGAUAUUCAGCUCUAAAACUCCAGCCAGGACAUCAUACAGCUCCUCUGUCUUCCUGUCACAGGAUACAAGGCAACACCUUGCUGCAGGACACUCUGCAGACAGGACGUCAUACCUGGCAGCAGGGACGAUGAAGACACGGAACUUGGACCAAUGUGGUGGACCCAGCAGGCUGGAAGAGGAGCAGAUGAGGAAGGAUGAGGAUAAUGAAGAGAAUGUAAAGCUGACACUGCAGAUGGAGCGACAGAGCUCAAACGAAAAAGUGCAGGAGCAAAAAGAGCUGAUCUGCACAGUUGAAGAAAAGGAAGAAAUCAGAAAAGAACAGGCACACUGGGCAGCAGAGAAGGAGCAGGAGGAGUAUUAUGCACUGAAAAACAAGAGAUGUGAGGAGAGCCAAAGAAGAUGGAGUGAGGAGAUGAGCAGUGGGCUGGCAGGGUUCAGUGAUGGCGAGGAGCCAUUAAACUGCUAUGGCCCCAUGAGUCCCACGUUCAAGAAACUCCUCGUACAGUUCUACCCAGACGAGGUGAACAGCCGAGUUUCACCAGAUGGAAAAUGUAAGAUAACAGAGAGGACAGAGUCUCUCAGGAGAAGCACCAGCACCAUAAAGAAGACAUUGCCACCUAUAUCUGUUUCUAAAAUCGAUAAAAGACUGGAAGAAUACACACAUGCUCUCGAGGUCGCUUCAAAGGAAGGAAGAUCAAGUUGCCAGGUUCUAGCAGACCUUACAAGCCCCUCUGAACCAGUAGCAUCAAAGAAGAACCUGUUUGAAGCUGGGGAAGCCUGGAACCAAAACGUCAUCUCAGUCACACCGUGCAAGGAUGCAGAUGGUUUAAAGGUUGGUGUGGCCGAUCUUAUCAACCAGUGGGUAAAAGGAGGCGAAGAUGGUAGCAGGAGCAGCUCACCGUCAAAGCCAGCAGAAAUAAGACCUGGUGGGGUUUUAAACAAGAAGAAUUUAUGGGAAGGCCUCAGUGACGCUUUAACUUCAACAAAAGAUGGAAAGGAAAACUCCACCAAAAGAUAUAAAUAUGUGGUGACGGGUCACGGCAAAUAUGCAAAAGUUCCAGGUCACGGCUGCAAUGAAGAUCUAAACUGCCAGGCAGCUGGACAGUUCAAUGAAGAGUUGUGAAGCAGGUGUUGUUGAAAACUGAACUACAAGCCACAAUCUCUUGACCAUUCUGUCUUUGUUGAGCUAUAGCCUGGAUAAUUAGCUAAAUCAUUAUUAUUAUGCUUUGUUUCUGACUGAUCCACUAUCCAGUAUCUGUACUUAUUGUAUCUUUAAAUGCAAUCAAAUAAACCAAAUGACAAAAA